AGGACUGAACUUUUCCUCUCAUCUGCAAACUGCACUAGAGGUAUAGAGCAAACACAUUAUGGAUUCCAUGUUGGUUUUUUCAAGCUUUUUAGUAGUUAUUUUGCUGGCUAUUUCACUCCAAGUUUUUUUGUUCUCACCAAUAUCCCCUGAUAUUCUUGAAAUUCCUUCUUCCUCUAAAUCCUUCACCGCUACAUUUACAUCAAACAGCCAUUUGCAGAGGGUAAGUAAACUUGGAGAAGGGUAUCUAGAUAGACCAGAAGAUGUGGCAGUGGACAAAAUGGGAGUUUUAUAUACAGCUACUAGAGAUGGUUGGAUCAAAAGAUUGCACAAGAAUGGGACUUGGGAGAGUUGGAAGUAUAUUGGGAGUAAUUCUUUACUAGGACUUACAGUAUCAGCUGCUGGUCAUGUCAUUGUAUGUGACGCUGACGAGGGGUUGCUUAAGGUUAGUGAAGAUGGCGUGAGUGUUCUUGCUUCACAUGUCAACGGUGAAAAAAUAAGGUAAAAGAUUACAUGUUCUUCCGCACAAGCAAAGCAAAGAGUUUCUACACCAAAUUUUGC